UCGUUCUCAGCGGGCAUUAUCUACUGUACGCCGACGACAGCACGGCUCGUGCAGCUCUGCCUCGGUGUCGACAAAAAGUACCUGCAUCCGUUGCCGCUGCACCAGCCGUAUGUGCUUGCAGACCACAAGGCGCAGAUGACGUUCAUCGACGCCAACCACUGCCCGGGGGCCGCGAUCAUCUUGUUUCAGUUCCAGUCGGGCAAAACGUUCCUCCACACCGGCGACUUUCGCUACGACCCGAGCAUGCUGCUCAAUCGCUACUUGUCGCCGUUCACAAACUCAAACCAACGCUUGGACGGCGUGUACCUUGACACCACGUACUGCGACACACAGCACUGCCACCCGACGCAGGCAGUUGCAAUCGCCGAAGCCAAGCGUCUCGUCGACCUCCAUCAAAAUGACCGUCCACUCUUCUUGGUCGGAUCGUACUCGAUCGGAAAGGAGCGGCUCUUCAUGGACGUGGCUGCCCACUUGGACUGCAAGGUGUUUGUCGAACGGGCCAAGCUGUCACUGCUCUCGUGCUUUGAGUGGCCCGAGACCGAGCUCCGGCGCCUCACGACCGAGUCGUCGACCACCAACUUGCACGUCGUGCCCAUGAACCACUUGAACUUUGACGGGAUGCGCGCGCUUCUUGCGAAACACCGGCUCCGCUUCCGCAAGGUGAUUGCGCUCCAGCCGACGGGAUGGACCUUCUCGCGCAAGAAGGGUCCCUCCGUUUCGUCCAAGCGCACGCAAAUGAACGACGCGCUCGUCAUUUACGGCAUCCCGUACAGCGAGCACUCGAGCUUUGACGAGCUCUGCGCGUUCACAAAGGCGUUUGACCCGAAAGUGAUCAUUCCGACGGUCUCUUCGUCCUCUUCGAUGUCAUCUUCCCUCACAAUACCUCCAAUCGCAUAG